CCGGGGUAGGCUGUCAUUGUAAAUAAGAAUUUAACUCAGUUGCGUAGUUAAAUAAAUGUCAAACAUAAAAUAGAAUAACACACGACUACAGUUUGCAUUGAAUUGUAGGUCAUAUCAACCCCACAAGUGAUCAAAGUUCUUCACUCACUCCCUCAAAUGAAAUCGGGGGCCAAGGGGGCAACAGUAGUGAAUUGGACUGGCACUUAAGAUGGCAAUCAAAUGGCAUCUGGUUGCAACAGGGAUUCCCCGAAAGUGGCUAGUGUAAGGGCUGAGGAGAUUCAAAUAGUGCUUGGACUGCAGCCCUUGUACCUCAGUUGUAUAAACAGAGGAAGAGAAGUGAGAGGGAUAACCCCACAGAAUGUUCACCGGAUAUAUAAAUGUGAAGCAUCCGUUUGGUGUUUCCACUCACUACCAAAUAUGAUGAUGAGAGGAAGCACAGUGGCUGGCAGUGUGAGAAGCGAGGUGGAUUUUGGCCGACAUUCUGCACAUUUUCUCAUCGAUUAAACUUUUGAUCGCCAUAGUUUUCUGUAUUCCAAAACUAGAAUCUGUAAAGACUGCCAAAGUUUAGGAGUGCAAGGGCUAAUUUAGUUGUUGCACACGUGCACUUCAGAAGUAAGCGUUCCCCAACGGAAAUGUGCAAAAAAAUUAUAGAACGUGCCAAUAGGAUGUCAUUAGCUCAUCCUAGCCUCUGCCCAACUCCUUGCUUAUUCUGCCCACUAUGAUUAAUUUGCUCCCAUUGGAAACGUCUAUCUUGGGUUAGUUAUACAAAUAUUGUACAACCCUGGCUAAAAUAUUUUAAAAAAUUGUCAAAAUAACCAUUUUAAUUUUGGGGGAUUUUGGCUAAUCCUAACUAAUUUCCUAACCUUAACCAAAAAAAAAGCAUGAUCAAUCCUAGCCAUGACGGUGUAACUGCGCCCCAAACGCUCUUCUCCAGCAGGUGGAGUUUUGUAUUUUUUUCGCUCACCGAGCGAGGAGUAUAGCAGUCAAUGAGUUUCGAAUUUGGUUAACAUUAAAUGGAAUAUUUGAUCGAAUAGAAGUUUCGUAAUGCUUCGGUUGUUACAAGUGUACUGAUGUAAAGUAGAACACGUGACAUCCCGGCAGCUUUGGAGAAAAAAAGCACUUUACAGCUGAGUUGUGCCUUUUGUCCACACACCUUCUCAUUGGCUAGAAUGGUCCCACUUGAUCUUGCCUCCUUCCGACUGCCUUCCAUUUUAAAACUUUUCUUCUCAUUGCUAGAGCUGCCACUAAAGUAUCUGGUAAAUAUAAUGGAUAAUCUGUGGUAUGCAUGUAGGAGUCUACAAUCUCACUAUGUCAGUAUUAGAAAACACCCGAUUCGACUACAAUCACCCCAUUAAAAGGUAUAAAAGGAUGGGAUAAGAAUCCGAGCUGGAAAUGAAUGGGAGAGACGUAUGCUCUGCCCAGCAGACUGUCGACCACUUGAGUUCAUGUUGUCAUGUUGCGUCACGCGGUUGCUAAACUAGCAAAUUGUCACGCAAUCCCUUCUUAAUAAAAAUCAGGGUAUGAGUCGAGAAACCAGACUAUUUUCUUGAAGUACGGUAUGUCACGAGUUGAAAGCUAUACGAUACUAUAGAGAACAAGUUAAUUAUCUCACAUCUCUGAAAAUAACUCUAAUGUUGUACUUGAUGCUAAUGUUGGGUUUUUGAGCUAUCGACUUCUUGAGGGAGUGUUCUUUGUCCAGAAUCGCCCAGAAUGCAUCGCGCGGCCCAUUGACGAUAAUUGGGGAACGUACACGAUGGAGUUCUUUGGCUGUUUGAAAGUUCAUUCAUUUCUGGCGUGCACGAUGCAGUACUAGAACGGAAACCUAAAUCAAGUAGUUUCUUAGUCCGUGGUUUCUCGAAUAGCUAGCUAAGUUAGUACAUUUAUCGUACAAAUAAUUAUUUGUAUUGCAAACACUAGCUUGAGUGAAUCAGAGUUGCCUGGAUGAAAAGUACAGUAAAUGCCAAUAUGAUAAAGGAAAACGGAUGGAACAUACCCCCAAAUGCCCCCGCGUGUAUGGAGAAGCAUUUGGAGUCGGCGCAGUACAGGGGAGAUGGCACCCUGUUGUUGGUGGCCUCCAGUCUGACAGGCAGGUGCUGGCAGGGAUCCAUCUGGGUCUACUGUGAUCCCAAGCAGUCUCCCAACGAGGGCUUCUGUAAGGCUGGUGUCCAGACAGAGGCAGGAAUCACAGAGGCAAAGUGGGUUUCAGAGAGGGGUGUCCUAGUUGCAUCUGACUCUGGUGCUGUUGAGCUGUGGGAGCUAUCAGAGGAUGAGAGUCUGCUGGAGAAACGGUUCGCCAAACUCGAGCAUGAUCACAUCGUUACCAGCGUGAGCCCUGCUGGGUCAAGCCAUGCCAUCAGCGGCAGUAUGGACAACCGAAUCAAAGUCUGGGACCUUAUUCAGGGUGAAGUGGUCAGCACAUAUAAUGCUCACUCGAAGCCAGUCACUUGUGUGUCCUGCAAUCCAUCCAAUGACUCCCUCUUCCUCUCAUGUGGCCAGGAUGGUCGUUUGUUGCUUUGGGACAGGAGGAAACCCACCAAACCAGCCUCUAGAUUAGACGUAGAGCCCAGCUGUUGUCCUACAUCAGUAGCCUGGCAUCCCCACCACAGGACCACAAUCGCCUACGGUGACGAGCUGGGACGAGUGACACUGAAGGACUUUCAGGGAACAGAGCCUGGCCAGACACAGAGCACCCACAGCCGCAGGGUCUCCGGCCUAGCCUUCUCAUCACACAGUGCCCCCUUGCUUGCCUCAAUCAGUGAUGACUGCACUGUUGCUGUGAUGAACUCUGAGCUUAAGGAAACGUUGAGAGACAAGAGGCACCAGGACUUUGUUCGGGGUGUCUGCUGGGCCCCUGGCGGUUCUGACACACUGACCACUGUGGGCUGGGACCACCAGGUCCUCCACCACGUCAUGGGACAGGAUGGACCCGCCACUGGAUACUCCACGUCCCCACUGUAGACCCACCACCCAGCCUGGGUCAGGAGAUGGGGGGGGGGGGGGAGUUGUAAAAGUAUGGUUUUGUGGGGGAGAAUUUGAAGGGUUGGCAUGAGGGUAGAAAUGGUCAACACCGGAACGUAGCAGAGCAGUAUGAAGAUGGUUUUCCUAGUCUAAGUACCCCUUGCCAUGGUGGGUUAUCUUUUCAACUGAUUUGUUAAAUCAUGUGUGAAGGUAGCCAGUGAUAAACAAAGUAAAUUGGGAUGUUUUUCGCAACAACAGUGAUUUGAGAGGCUACACAUUUCUGCUGUUUUGGUCCAGCAGUGAUCAAGUUGUAGCAGUGUGAAGCGCACAUGUGCCUACAUUCUUGGGGAGUGCAGUCUUGCGUUGCAUAUUUUCUGUUCGUGGCAACGUCAUAUGCUGAGUCUGUUUUAAGGUGUAUGUUAACAACAUUUUGGACAUCACCUUUGUUUUCCAGUUUGUAGGGACAUGAACAGAUGGCUUGGUGUCCAGUUAUCAUGAGGGGUACUUUAGACUUGGAUUUCGGAAUGCUGGCAAUGGUAAUCUUUAAUCUAAUGAACCCAUCUGAUCACGCUUAUUCUCCAGUGAGUCCAACCCCUUUGUUUACCCACCCUGGGGGUGCUGUAUUACGUGGCAUGUAAGCCAGUCUGAGAAGUGGGAGCCACUGGCUCAUUGGAUAGCAGGAUUGUGGGUUAAUUGGACUCAAUUAAACCAUGGCUCAUCCAAGCAUUCUGAAAUCACACUAGACUAGAAUGACAUGGUUCAAGUUGUAACCAUAAUCAAUACCAUGGGCAAUUUGUUUUCUAAAUUAAUUAAUCAUUUCUGUAAAUGUGUAAAGUCCUUAACUUCACUACAUGGCUUAUUUGUCCCAAUGUGAUUCCAUAUUCUUCCCCCCUUGGCACUUUCUUUUGUUUAGAUGGUCUCGUCUCAUGUGUGCCAGAAACAGAAUGUACAGUACAUGUCUGGUGUUGCUUUUUGGAAGUCCGAGCAGUGUUACUUAACUGAAUCUACUUGUUUUUCCAUCCUUGAAUAAAGUAUGUCUGAAUACUGUAUA